AUGGAACUCCUUCCUAAGGACGCCUUAUUUUUCCAAGAUUCACCUCAACCACGUAACCAACGACGACCAUCAAAAUCACCACAAAUUUCUCUUCUUCUCGUCAUCCAUAAACCCAAAGGCAUAAACGAGGGAGGAAACAGUUAUGAAUACUCCAAUAUGACAAUAUGGAAUCCUUGUACAGGUGACUAUAAGACGUUGUUUAAACCCAAUUCUCGGGAAGAAUGCUACCAGGUGACUGUAAAAGCAUCCGGGUUGUAUUACUGCGCUUCUGAAGAUGCUUACAGGCUUCUACGUGUGACCACAGGGCUCAAUGUUUAUAUAUACUCGUUGAAAUCCGAUUCAUGGAGAAUGCUGGAUUCGAUGAAGGUCUUGAACUCAGUAAUCAUGGAUGAACCAAUCAACUUGUCUGGUGAUGAAAUCGAUGUUUCUAAUGACGAAAUAGGAGAUGAGAUGGAAGAGGAAGUUGGUAGUGCACCACCAAUUUCUAAUCGGAAUAUGCAUAAACUGAAUCUGUCUGAAUCGGAUAGUAAGGGGAAUAUGUUGUGCAAAUGCAAGAAAUGUGGGACUACAUAUAUUGCUGAAAGUAGUCACGGGACAGGGAAUCUACUUAGGCAUAAAACGGCUUGUGAUUUGAAACACAAAAGUUAUAAAGAUGUUGGACAGCUUCUUAUACAAUCUAAUUUGAAAGGGACUUUGGGUACUAGAUCUCCUACUUUUAAUGCUGAUGAAUUUCCAACAAGAAGCCCUAGGGCCUCCGCCUUCACCCACCUCCAGCGCCUCCAACAAGAAGCCCUUGGUCCCCCGCCUUCACCCACCUCCAGCGCCUCCAACAAGAAGCCCUUGGUCCCCCGCCUUCACCCACGUUCUCACAGUCGAUCGUCUCGGAUUUCUUUUAGGCCUUCUUCAACUGUACUCAUGCAUAAAUUCUAUGACCUUAAAAACUUUUCAACACUUCCAAGUUUAUCUUGUAAAACUCCCAUAGCAUUAACAGAAAGCAUAAACCCAACACAUGAUCCUAAUGAUUUUGAAGUUGGAAAGAGACAUAAACUUGAGUUUAUUAACAUUUUUACUGAUGAUGGGAAGAUAAACAGUAAUGGAGGUUUAGGGUUUGUAAGGAUGCCAUGUUUUGAAGCUCGUGUUGCAAUAACUGAGGCUUUGAAGUCUAACGAACUUUAUAAAGGGGAAGAAAAGAAUGAGAUACGUUUAGGUGUUUGUUCUAGAAGCAAUGAUGUGAUUGAACCUAUGAUUAAGCCUCAGUGGUAUGUCAACUGCAAUGGUAUUGCUAAAGAAGCUCUUGAUGUUGUAAUGGAUGAAAAUAACAAGAAAAUUGAUAUACUUCCAAAACAGUAUGCUGCUGAAUGGAAAAGAUGGCUUGAGAACAUUUGUGAUUGGUGUGUAUCAAGGCAGCUUUGGUGGGGCCACCGAGUUCCUGCACGGUAUGUGACAUUGGAGGAUGAUAAACUGAAAGAGCUUGGAGCAUACAUGGAUCAUUGGGUGGUUGCUAGGGAUGAGAAAGAGGCUGAAGCUGAGGCUAGAAAGGUCUUUUCAGGGAAAAAGUUUGAAUUGGUUCAAGAUCCUGAUGUUUUAGACACCUGGUUUUCUUCAGGGCUUUUCCCUUUAUCUGUAUUGGGGUGGCCUGAUGAUACUCAAGAUUUGAAGACUUUUUAUCCAACUGCUGUUCUUGAAACUGGGCAUGACAUUUUGUUCUUUUGGGUUGCUGCUAUGGUGAUGCUUGAGAUGAUAUUCGGAGGCGAUGUACCUUUCCAAAAGUAUGUUGUUUUUGACUUAUUUCCCGCUUUUAUCCCUAUAUCAUCACGAGCCCCUGAAACACCGGUUCAACUACAUCUGAUGCCUUCUGUAUCUCCUCCAAGAUCAACUGCAAGGCGCAAUCCAUACACUGAUCCAGAAAAUCAUAUUUGGUCUCCACAAUAUACUUAUGUUGAUAAACCCGAAACACCUGCAAUCAAUCCAAGUUAUAUACCUAUUCCAAAACGGAGCAGAUUACCUUUUACACCAUCAAAUGAUCCUGUUCUUGAUAACAGUGAAAGAGAAUUGCAAGCUAAAGCGAAAAGAUUGGCCCGAUUUAGAGACGAAAAGAUAUGUGUCCAGAGCAAGAAAGAGCAGAGAGAGAGGAAAGGAGAUCUUGAUCAAUAUGAACAUUUGGAUGGAGAUAGAAAUCAGACAACUGAAUCUCUUGCAGUUAAGAAGUACACUAGGACAGCUGAGAGGGAAGCUGCACUGAUAAGACCAAUGGCAAUCCUGAAAAAGACAAUGGAGUAUCUUUUAAACUUGUUGGAUCAAGCCUAUGAUGAUCGAUUUCUUGGUUUAUACAACUUUUUAUGGGAUAGAAUGAGGGAAAGGGAUUUUUUAAUAUCAAUUGCAUCUCAAAUGUCAAGGCCAAAUCUAGGUUCAGAUGAACGAGUUGUUCAGUUACCUGUUCAGGUAAAGUUGAUGGACGAAAGGAAUAUGAAGCUACUUGAUUUAAGUCUUGCAGCAUUAUCAACAAGAUGCAGUAAAGACUUGGAGUUGAAUUUGGCUAAGUCAUUAUUGUGUGAGAUGGGCCAAUGUACAACUGUUUAUCCAUAUAAUCAACUGUUUGGAGCAUUAGUCUUAAAGAAUUAUGAAAUGCAAGAUGCAACUUUACUUAGUUGGAAUUUGAUUGCUACAACCAAGGCUAAUGAAAGCUCAUCUCAUUCCGGUGUUGCCAAUGAUAAGUCGGACACAUAUAUGACGGAUUUUGAUGAUUUCUUUAGCUGUGAAUUUACUACUGGUGGUAAAUCUGAGCUGCAAUCUUACCUAGAGGAGCCAAAAUUACCUCGCACGGGUUCAAUGCAUCCAGAUAUUGAGGUGUUAUGCAAACAGACUUUAACAAUGAAGAUUGGCGAUGUGAAUGAAGAUGAAAGUGAUGUACCAAGUGCUCCUAGUAUUCAAACUCAACAAUCCGGUUUAGGUUAA